GUUGUAUUUGGGACUUGGUGGUCGGUUUGUGCUAUAUUCUUUUGGUCUAUAUUUUGGGGUCACAAAAGGCAGUAUAAGCAUCUGUCAGCAAAGCUUAGGCACUAUGAAGCAAAUCAACAUUCUCCUUAUUGCUGUCCACCUAUUCUGUACCUGGACGGCUGCAUUUCCUCGUCCCCCUUCUUCCAUGAUGGGCUAUCUGUCUUGUAAUGACAAUCUAGCCAAAACAGUGUCCAAUUUAGCUCUGGAACAAAUCAACAAACACCGCACAGAAGGCUAUAUAUACAGUUUGUUUCGAAUUUCCAGUGCGCUAGAGGAAUUACAGGCACCAUUUCAUAGUCUCUAUUACCUUACACUAGAUGUGGAAGAGACAGAAUGCCAUGUUCUAAGCAAAACGAUUUCAAAGAAUUGUCCAGUCAGACCCUUACAUCUAGCUGUUUUUGGGACAUGUGAAGCAACACUAUAUAUCAACAAGCCUGGAAGAAUUGUCCAACUUUCCAAGUACAACUGCACACUAAAACCAGUUCCCCGUUCACAGAUAGUCCAGACAUGCCCAGGCUGUCCAACACCAGUAUCAGUUGAUGAUAAAGAUGUUAUUGAAGCAGCCAAUAAGGUUCUACAGAAGUUUAAUAAUGAGAAUAAUCAUAUUCAUUACUUUGGAAUCCUCAGCCUGACAGCAGCAUCAAUGCAAGGUGUGGCUAAGCCUUCAUAUUUUGUGGAGUUCCUAAUUAAGGAAACACUUUGUUCUAAGAGUCGUGCUGAAGCUGACUUUUCCAAAUGUACUCCAGUGGGCUGUCCUAAUGCAACCACAGGAUUAUGCAAAGGUUCUGUAAUGAGUGCUCCAGAGAAAACUUACAUAACAGCAUCCUGCAAGUUCUUCAGUCAGGCUGAAGAAGCUGUCAAGGACCAUGAAGUAACACUGCCAUUUUUCCCCCCGAGGCAUGGUGACCAACAUCGUAAAAUGACAUUUUUGGAACAAGAACCUCAAGUUCACCCCUUCCCCCAUGGACCAUCAGAAUCAAGUGACUGUCCUGGAAAGCCUAUCCGUCAAGCAACUAUGUUACUCUCACUGCUGCCAGGUGGAAUGCCAGCCCAGGAAAAGCAUUCACCUUAAAUUAUGCCUGUAGCAUAAGUAAAUGUUGAGGAUCACAAUGUAUUUCACGCCUGCAUUAUUUGAAGUAAUUUUCUUAUAGUGCUUUUCAGCAAGAAAACUGUAGAAUGAUAUGAAAUAUAAUGCCUUUUACAUGGGCUAAAAUGAAUGCUAAAAUAUAUUCCAUACCACAAUAAAAUUCAUUCUUUCA